UUCAAUUCAUUUUUCUGGAAUCUUCCCUCGCAAGAGCAUCUGUGCCACUUAUUCUAACAUCAACUUUUAUUAAACCUCUCCAAUAAUGUCAUACUCUAAAGUCAUACCCGCUCUGGCCAGAGUAAAGCCGAGUAAACUAUUUGGUGUGAGAUCGCGCUCCACAGCAGCAUCCACGCAGCACAAAGAGCAGGAUCCGUCCUGCACGGUCGUGGAGAAGCCGUGCGAUGUGGAUCUCAUCAGCGGGAAAGAGCACACUGAUGGCCGGGCAAAGAUCUCCAUCGAUUUCGACAACACACAAGAAGCUUAUAAGAGCAAAGACACACUGGAGCUGCUCAGAAGUCUGCUAGUGUUUAAACUCUGCACCUUUGACUUCGUAGUUGAUAAAAAUAAAGAGUUGAUGGACCUGACUAAGAAGGUUUUUGGCCAGCGGCUCUUCGAGAAAUUAAUGAAAAUGACCUUCUAUGGGCAGUUUGUAGCGGGUGAGGACCAGAACUCCAUCAAACCCCUGAUGGAGAAGAACCAGGCGUUUGGGGUGGGCUCCGUUCUAGACUACAGCGUAGAGGAGGAUCUGACCCAGGAGGAGGCAGAGAAGAAGGAGAUGGACGCCUGUGUUUCUGAAGCCGAGAAAGAGAGUCAUGUGGAGGCCAACGCAUACAAACCUGAGGAUAAUGAAUGUAUGGAUCACCGUGAGAAAAAGUACAAAGCUCAUCGUCAGUUUGGAGAUCGGCGUGGUGGUGUGAUCAGUGCUCGGACAUAUUUCUAUGCAGAUGAAUCCAAAUGUGACCUUCAUAUGGAGACCUUCAUCAAUUGCAUCAAAGCUUCCGCUGGAAGUUCUGUUGAUGGAUUCUCGGCUAUUAAGAUGACUGCACUCGGACGACCACAGUUCCUGCUGCAGUUCUCUGAGGUGCUGGUCAAAUGGAGAAGGUUUUUCAACCUGUUGGCAGCCCAUCAGGGGAAAGAUGGCAUGGCGAUACUCGAACAGGAGUUAGAACUGGAACAACUGCAGGACAGUUUGAUCAAGCUUGGAGUUGGCGCAAAAUCAGACAUCGAGAAAUGGUUUACGGGAGAGAAACUGGGUUCAUCAGGUACUAUUGAUCUGUUGGACUGGAACAGUCUCAUCAAUGACAGAACCAAAAUCUCCAACCUGCUUGUGGUGCCCAACAUGGAGUCUGGUCACCUGGAGCCUCUGUUGAGCAAGUUCACUGAUGAAGAGGAGAAACAGAUGAAGAGGAUGCUACAGAGAAUGGACGUACUUGCCAAGCACGCUGUAGAAAGCGGUGUGAGACUGAUGGUGGAUGCAGAACAGACAUAUUUUCAGCCAGCCAUCAGCAGACUGACCCUGGAGAUGCAAAGAAUCUUCAACAGAGAAAAAGCCAACAUCUUCAACACCUACCAGUGCUACCUUAAAGAAGCAUAUGAUAAUGUGUCCGUCGAUGUGGAACUCUCUCGUCGAGAGGGCUGGUACUUUGGCGCUAAGCUGGUUCGUGGAGCGUACAUGUAUCAAGAGAGAUCGCGGGCGGCGGAGAUUGGUUACGAAGAUCCCAUCAACCCCGACUAUGAGGCCACGAACAGGAUGUACCACAAGUGUUUGGAAUACGUUCUGGAAGAGAUCAACCUGAACAGGAUGGCAAAUGUUAUGGUGGCAUCUCACAAUGAGGACACAGUCAAGUUCACUUUGGAAAAAAUGAACGAGAUGGGUCUCUCUCCCACAGAGAAUAAGGUUUACUUUGGACAGCUGCUGGGAAUGUGUGAUCAGAUCAGUUUCCCGUUGGGUCAGGCAGGAUUCCCCGUGUACAAGUAUGUUCCAUACGGUCCUGUGAACGAGGUCAUCCCGUACCUGUCCCGCCGUGCACAGGAGAACCGCGGCUUCAUGAAGGGAUCUCAGAGAGAACGCAGCCUAUUGUGGAAAGAACUUAAACGCAGAUCCUUCAAUGGACAGCUGCUCUACAGACCUGCAUACUAAACCACACACAAACACGUCAUUCAGCUGUUUAUUAAACAUCACUCACACGGGAAAACUAAUUUAUUUUGUAUAAACCGCAUCACACUCCGUUAUUCUAUUACUGAAAUGUAUAGAUUGUAUCAAUGCAUCCUUGAUCAGUGUUUUAUAGUUAUGACAUUAGUGGCUGGUAACAUGAACUAGGAUUAAAGACACCAUGAAACGGCACUCGUAGCGCAUUAGACAUCUGGAUUGCGAAACAGAAUGUUUAGUGUACGUGAAUAUAGGAUGGGACUUGAUCUUAUUUAUUGGGAUUAGAUUGGAUUGUGAAAGUGUAAACAAGUUAGACUAUGAAGGCGGUUCAUUCCACUUUGCCUCCCCCCGAGGAAGAAUAACAAGUGCCCAUUUCAAGAGUUUCACCAGUCGUUCUUGACAAUUUGGUCAUGUGACAUUAAUGCAGCAUACUACUGUUUGAAACAUUAUCGUUGCAUACUGUGUAGUUUCGCAUACUUUUAAAAAAAAAAAAGUUUACGGUAUAAACCACACAGUACGCAGUAUGCUUGUAUUUCACUUUGAAAAUGGAAAUUGCGUUCUUCUCUGCGUCAAAUCUUCCUUUUCUUUGUUUUUUUUAACGCGCACACAAUGAAUGGUUUUUCAUAAUGAUAUCUGUUUGACCUCUUGGCCAUGUAAAGUUCAUGUUGACAAUGACAAGUUAUUUUUUGUAUGUUUUUGAUAGUUUCUUGAUUCAAUAAUUACGUUUAAACGUUGAUUAAUUGGUGAGUUUAACACAUUUUAGCACUGAAUAUUUUGGUUGUUGUACCUUUUUUUUUUUUCGAUCUUUCAAAAACAAAAAGCUGCUUUAAUGUACGUUUGGGGUUGAAAAUUAGUUUUGGAUGAAGUGUGCAUGUGAAUGUUUUACUUUGACAUAUUAAAUGCUCUUUUUUUUUUAA